GUUAUUUGGCUGCUGAACGUGGGUUGUGUGUGGGGGUGGGUUUGGGAGGGGAGGGAGUGGAGAGAGAGAUAGAGAGAGAGAGAGAGAGAGUGCAACAUGAGGAUUUACAGGAUGGUUCGCAUGGCCAGUGUGUUGGGGCUGGUGAUGCUGAGUGUGGCUUUGCUGAUUUUAUCACUGAUCAGCUACGUUUCCCACAAGAAAGACAGUGUGUUCAGCACCCCGAGGUACAUGGGCGAAGGGGGUUCCAGGUUCUACAUGUUCCACAGCGGAUUUCGGUCACAGUUUGCUUUGAAGUUUCUGGACCCUUCAUACCUACCAGUCAGAAAUGACGUUUCUGACAAUUUUCCUGGUAAACCUUCAAAGUGGGCAUUCAACAAGACUGCAUAUUUGAAGCAAAGGGAGGAUAUCAGACAUUAUAUCGACGUGAUUCAAAAUUUCACCCUGAUUAAGAAAAACGUGCGGGUUGGACAGUUAAUGCACUUUGAUUAUUCCAGCCACAAAUAUGUUUUUUCCAUCAGCAAUAACUUCCGCAUGUUGCUUCCUGAGGUGUCUCCUCUAUUAAAAAUGCAUUAUAAUACUUGUGCAGUGGUUGGGAACAGUGGAAUCCUAAGAGGAAGCAGGUGUGGAGACAGCAUAGAUAAGUCAGACUUUGUGUUUCGCUGCAAUUUUGCACCGACUGAAUUUUUUGAGAAAGAUGUCGGAAGGAAAACCAACCUCACAACGUUCAACCCAAGUAUUCUCGAAAAGUACUAUAACAACCUCAUGGCAAUCCAAGACCGAAAUAAAUUUUUCCUCAAUCUGAAAAAGCUUGACGGAGCCAUUCUUUGGAUCCCUGCUUUUUUCUUCCACAGUUCGGCUCUUGUGACAAGAACAUUGGUCGAUUUUUUUGUGGAACAUAGAAGACAACUGAAGGUGGAGUUGGCUUGGCCUGGAAAUAUAAUGCAAUAUGUCAAUAAAUAUUGGAAAACCAAACAGCUGUCACCAAAACGUCUGAGCACAGGCAUCCUAAUGUACACGCUGGCAUCCUCCGUUUGCGAAGAGAUUCACUUGUACGGAUUUUGGCCCUUCGCUUGGGAUCCCAACACAGGAAGGGAGCUUCCCUACCAUUACUAUGACAAAAAGGGAACAAAAUUCAACACCAACUGGCAAGAAACUCAUCAGCUUCCAGCAGAAUUCAAGAUAUUGUUCAAAAUGCACACUGCUGGCUUAACCAAGCUCUCUCUUUCACCUUGUGUCUCUUAACUGGAUGCUUUAUAGUAUUAUUGUAGGUUUCCCCAUACACGCACACACACAUGCCUCAUUCUUGUUGGGUUUAUGUUUCGGAAUACUUUUUUGGUAUCAUUUGGGUAAUAAUAAUCACUUAAAUAAGGGGGAAGCUUCACUGAGCACGCCUCGAAACUGCAAUUCCACCAAGUUGUCACUUAAUUACAAUAAUAAUAAAUACAAAAUGUAUUAG